GCCAAUCAGAAGGCAGAUGUCGCUUCUUGAAAACAUGUCGCCCAUGAAGCUGUGUGUUCCAGGUGAAAGGCUCUGCAGCACGGAGGACUGUAUUCCCGGUACCGGCACGUAUUUGAGGCACGGCUACAUCUUCGCCUCACUCGCGGGUUACGUGUUGAGAAAGAACGAGGGAGAGGAGCUCCCGGUGAUUUCAGUGGUUAGAGAGACAGAAGCACAGCUUUUGCCUGACGUCGGUGCCAUUGUCACCUGCAAGGUGACAAGUAUCAACCCAAGGUUUGCUAAAGUUCACAUUUUAUAUGUGGGGUCGACACCGCUAAAAGACCGCUUUAGAGGCACGAUCAGACGAGAAGAUGUAAGAGCGACAGAGAAGGAUAAAGUGGAGACAUACAAAAGCUUCAGGCCAGGAGACAUCGUCCUUGCUAAAGUUAUCUCUUUAGGUGACGUGCAGUCGAACUACCUGCUGACUACAGCUGAGAAUGAGCUGGGUGUUGUGGUGGCCCACAGCGAAGCUGGCACUCAGAUGGUCCCCAUCAGCUGGUGUGAGAUGCAGUGUCCGCGCACGCACGCUAAAGAGUUUCGCAAGGUAGCGCGGGUACAGCCGGAGUACCUGCAGGCAUGAGACACGCCCAACACGUCCUUUAACCACACCCACUGGAACACACAGCUUCAAAGACACGCCCUCCCGCUUUACUCGCAAGGAUUUCUGUGCCAGAUCGACGUGUUUGGAAUUUCAGAUGUGAAUCUGAAUGUUUAUUCUCAACAUUCCACACUGCUUGUAACGCCUGGGAAUUCCUCACUGAGUAACCUGUUAAACUGAUCUUAAAAGUGACAUGUAUGAAUAACAUUUGACCAUGGUUAGAAUGUAGUCAGCAGCUCUGGCAUUUAUGACACUCACGCAAUAUUACAUGUUGAAUUGUUUAGAGCUUCUACAAACAUUACAGGACAGGAGUGGGUAAUCUCAUUUAGUGUUGACUACAUGCUUCUGAAGUUUCACUGUACUUCAUAUUACUCGACUUGUGUUCUGAAAGUUAAGAGCUUCUGGAAAUAUGGAUAUCUCAUGUCUGGUUCAUUUUUCACACCAGAAUCAACAGCGAAGACCGCCUAUGUUUUGCAUUGUAACAAUUUUCAUAACCGUUAAAGGGACAGUUCAUGCAAAACGAAAAAUAAUUUACUUACCCUUAUGUCAUUCCAAACCUGUAUGAGUUUAUUCUGCAGAACACAAAAGAAGAUAUUUUGAAGAAUGUUGGUAAUCAAACAAUACUGAACCACAUUUACUUUCAUUAUAUGAAUACAAACUGCUGAAACAUUUAUCAAAAUAUCUUCUUUUGUGUUCCACUGAAGAAAUAGUCAUAUACAGAUUUUCAAUGACAUGAGGAUAAAUAAAUGAUGAGAAAAACAUUUUAGGUUAGGUUUUUAGGAAAUUUCCAGUACCUUGUUUUAUUUCUAGGUGACCCUUUGCAAAUAUUUUGCAUUACAGUAAUGAAACAUGGGUGGGGAACUGGGUGUUAUCAAAGUGAUAGUGCUCCCAAAAAUGAAUGAAUUAAUCAACCUUAAGUUGUUACAAAUCUGUACGCAUACGCAUUUCUUUGUUCGGUUGAACACAAAGAAAGAUAUUUGGAAGAAUGUUAGCGACUGAGAUUUCUGGGGCACCAUUGACUGCCAUUAAAAUAGUUGUCAAAUGUGUCCCAGAACUGUUUGGUUUCCUAAAUUCUUUAUCGUAGUUUCUUUUGUGCUCAACAGAAAAAAUAUAUACAAUGAUUCUUAUAAGGUAGUCCAUGGUGCCCCAGAAGUUGUAAGUUGCUGACAUUAUUCCAAAUAUCUUUCGUGUUCAACUAAACCAAAAUAAAUGUUUACAGGUUUGGAAAAACUUGAGGGUGAGUAAAUCAUGACAGUUUUCUCAUUUUUCAGUGAACUAUACCUUUAAUUGUGUAACAAAAAAUGUCCCAAUGAAAAACACGCAAGACCGUGCUUUAAAGGCUUCCAUUUUUAGUAGUAAACUGGAAUAUAUAAGAAUUGUACAGUUGCUCAAAUCACAUUCAGCACAAAAUCCUGGCAGAGUACCUUUCUGAAGUUUAUCGAGGUUAUUUUUGGCGACACCGUUUUCAAACUUUUAAAAAGCACAUGUACUGCAAAAAUAGUCGUUCUGAGAUGUUGACGUUUUUUUUGCUGCUUUCCUUUGGAAAUAUAUUUUGUUCUUUAUUUUUUCUAUUCUAUCAUUUCGUCUGUAACUGAUUUAAAAGUUCAUGCGUUUACAAGAGGAGAAAUAAAGCAUCUAACAGAACAGAA